CGCGGCGGAGGCGCUGGGCUUUCAUCCGCGGAGCGGCGGGAGCCAGACGCGUCGCUGCGGUCUUCUCCGACGGUCGCACGGGAGUCGGCAGCUACCUCAGUCGCGUUCAACUUCUGUGACCGAGUCAGCGGCGAUCCCUGACGCAGCGAGAGGAUGGUGGUCCGCGUCUUCGUCGCCUCAUGCUCAGGCUUCGUGGCGAUCAAGAAGAAGCAGCAGGAUGUGGUGCGAUUUCUGGAAGCCAACAAGAUAGAGUUCGAGGAGGUGGACAUCACCAUGUCGGAAGAACAGAGGCAGUGGAUGUACAAAAACAUUCCCCCUGAGAAGAAGCCUGCUCAGGGCAAUCCUCUGCCACCUCAGAUAUUUAAUGGGGAUCGAUACUGUGGAGACUAUGACAGUUUUUUUGAAUCGAAGGAAAGCAACACAGUCUUUUCAUUUUUAGGCCUGAAGCCACGGCCGGCAUCCACGGCAGAACCUUAGAGGUAAAAAGUAGAAGGUGAUGGAGUUGCGUUUGGAGCACCCCCUGGUACUCAGCACUCGCCUGCUUACCUGAUGCAUCACUGUGACAAAGCCACACACACAAUCAGUAACUUCGUCUGACCUGGAGAAGGUGUCUUUGGAGGACAUGGGAAUAAUGGGGACUGCAUGAUUGCUCUGAGCCUAUCAGUUCUGUGGUGGUGGAUCCUCUUAUUUUCUGAUUCGUCUGCAGUUUGCCUCACUCACCUGAAAGUACCCUCCCCGUGAUAGGUCAACUUCCUUAAUGACUGACAGGUAAUUGGGCGACACCAUCAGGGAGAAAACGUUGAACCUGCCCUAUGUUUUAUUAGAAACUGGUCUUGCAGAAACCCAUUCCUCUCUAAGCUGCCUGCGUCCCAUCCUUGAAACCAUUUUGCCAGGAUGGUAACGUCAAUUGAAUCCAAAAGAAGAAAGCAAUGCUGGCUGACAUUGACUCUGAGGGUUCUUGUUGUAGAGUCACAAAUGUCACUGCUCUGGUACUUUGUAAUAACGCCUGCUGGAAGAGCUGGAUGCUCUCAGCCCUGUUCUGUGACGGAAACCCUCACCCCUGUAAAUUCUCCAGGCUUCUCCAGGUGCUUCCAAAACCUCCAUUGCAAUAUCAACUGAUCACAGCCAAGUUACAGGGCAGAAAAGAGUUGCUGUUUUGGAAAAUGUCUCUUUUAUCUCUUGCAAGGGGGAAGUUUCACUGUAUGCAUAAGACUACUUGAGAGAUAUAUUUUAAGAAGUGCACCGGUUACAUAUAGUAAGUUAAUAGAGUUUGCUCUGUCAGUAUGCAAAGGCGUUUUCAGCUCUUGUAGUUUGCUUACACACACAUGCACAUAUAUUUUUAAAUGCAGCUCCCCAAAGUAACAGCUGCUUGUUCUAUUUUGUGAAGGGAUUAUAUUUUUGGAGGAAGAAAAUGCUUGGUUAGAUAUAUUUUGUGAACCAUUGGCGCCAGUCCUGCGAGGACAUUUGCAUAGCACACACAGGUUCUGCAUUCAGCUCCAGCACACUGGGAAGGAAAAAGAGACACCACGAUGGCUGCCUAGUGUCACUUCCCAUGUCACGCACCUUUGUCUCUGACAGUAGACAGUCUCAGGCUUUUCAGAAUAACACAGACACACAUUCUUGUUUGAUGUAGGAGCACAUGUGAGAUUUCAGAGCAGCCCAGACAGGAAGGGGCUGUCUAGAGCAUGGUCCUGAAUGGUUCUUAAGAAGCAAAGCCCCUGCUCCCUCUGGGCGAACACUGGCGAACACUGAGGAUACUUUCCUGUAUCCUGGCAUAUUUAGAGUUAAUUUCACACAUAGAAAUAAUCUUGAAUAGGGCUAACUGAAAUCUCCACCUAGCCUGCAUGAUGCUAGGCCUUUCACUCUGAUUCUGAAAAGGAAAUGUUUGAGAAAUUAAAAGAUCCAUCAAGCAGCCCUCUCUGCCACCUGCACCCCAAGCUUUGCUAAAGGUGGGCUGUUCUGCAGUACUUUUUAAAUGCUGAAGCUGAGAUCUUGUUGCAGUCCUGUUGCAACAAGCAGAAAGGAGAACACCUUUCUUUAUGAAUGGACCAAAUGAUUGAUGCACAAUUUUCUUCCCAGGGAAAGCUUGUCAGGUUGUGGGCAUUAGUGGCUAGUUGGUGUUAAGCAUGAUCCACGUAAAUUUCCAUUUGCUAAAUCCCAGGGAGUUUCCAGAGUUUUGUGUGUUGUGUUUUGUUUUGUUUUGUUUUGUUUUGUUUUGUUUUGUUUUGUUUUGUUUUUUCCACCUCCAGCUGGAUAUUGUGCUUGAAUUUGUGAGUCUUCUGACAAGACCCAUUUCUCUUUAAAAUAGAGUGAUAUUUAAAGUGUCUUGUGAAAUCAACCCAGGUUACCUUGAUCUGUUUACUUACAUCAAGUCUACUCUUGCCAGUGAGUGCCAACAACCAGUUUGGCAAAGUGAAAUCUUAGUAUGUUUUGGAUGGUAGGAGCACUAACCUUACAGUGUUGAGGAGACAGAGAAAGCUACCAAGAUUUAUCACAUAUCUUUUUAAUGGUCCAUACCAUACCUACUAUGACUGUGUUAGACAUCCCACCGAAUAGAUGGUGUUCUUAGAAUCACUAUCAUAGUUUCACAUCAUUUCCUUGCCAUGAUUCUUCUAGGGAGCAUUGGGGAGUCAGCCAAGAAAAAUGAGAUUAGAGGCAGUGACUUGUUUUAGUGUCCAGAAGCCCAGUAUGGAGUGGACCAUAGUUCCCAGACACGUGUGUGCAGAGCAUGCUGGCUCUUGUAUGAUUUCCAGUCUGCCUGUCUAACUGACUUCUCUCCUUCCCUUCUUCCUUUCCCUCUUUCUGUUUGUUGUUGUUUGAGACAGUCUUGCUAUGUAGACCCAGAACUCACUUCUGCUUCUGCCUCCCAAAUGCUAGGAUCACAUACUUGCUGAAAUAGUGUUCUUCCAACUUCCUUUAAUUAGCUUGCUUUUAGAUUGGCUCACUGCCAUCUCUAAAGCCUAGGAAAGAAGUGCAGGCUUGGCUGUAAUGCCAGCAGCUUUCAGGCCAUAGCGUCGACUUCCUGCCUGCUUGUGGACAAAGGAAGUAUGCUGCUGAUGCCGAGACAGUGCCAUUUGAACAUUAGGUGACCGUGAAACACCAUACUGCCAGGUGUCUGCAGACCAGAAGACAGUUUAGUUCAGGAAAUACUUUGCCAAAUUCUGGGGCUUUAUUAAAAUCAAAGAGGAGAAAGAGGAAAUAUUUUGUUCUUAGAUGCUAAUAUGUUUUAGGCUUUCUUUUUCUGUUUUAUAAAGUUAACCCAAUAUUUACAUUUUCAUAUUGUGUGAAUUNAACCAUCUAA